CCUUGCCGUUUGUUUCUGUGUUGUGUUUGCACCGAUUCGAUUCGGUCGCGUCUCGCGUCCUGGCCAAACGAAUUGUAAAUUGAGUUGUAAAUCUUUACGUUAUCAAUCAAGCGAAUCGAAAUUUUGUUCGAUUUUGCUAUGUUGAUAUUCUGUUUUUAUUUAAUGUCGAUAAUAUUGGUAAUAGUGCGUUUUACUGUGUAAUGUGGUUACAUGAUCUGUUUACAAAUAAAGAGUGUACGUAGAGAAUGUUACUGUCAAUUGAAAUUAAAGUUUUGUAUGAUAAGUAACUCACGCAUGUAUUUGUAAAACGAAACAAAUAAAAAUUUACGUACAAAAACUUUAUGCAAAAAUGAGUGCAGCAGUAGAAAAUGGAAGUAGUGAUGCAUCAAAGAAGAAAACUAUCGAAGGCAUAUAUCAAAAGAAGUCUCAAUUAGAACAUAUUUUAUUACGUCCUGAUACCUAUAUUGGUUCUGUUGAACCAGUAACAGAAAUAAUGUGGGUUUAUGACAAAGAGAAAGAAGCAAUGGUACAAAGAGAAAUAAAAUAUGUUCCCGGAUUGUAUAAAAUAUUUGAUGAAAUUUUAGUAAACGCGGCAGAUAAUAAACAGAGAGAUCCUACUAUGGAUGCAAUUAAAAUUGAAAUUGAUCCAGAAAAUAACGUUAUAUCUGUAUGGAAUAAUGGCAAAGGCAUUCCAGUGGUAAUUCACAAAGAAGAAAAUAUGUAUGUUCCUACAAUGAUAUUUGGCCAUUUGUUAACAUCAUCGAAUUAUGACGAUGAAGAAGAGAAAGUAACAGGUGGUAGAAAUGGCUAUGGUGCCAAACUAUGUAACAUUUUUAGUCAUCGUUUCACUGUGGAAACUGCAUGCAAGGAAUACAGGAAAUGUUUAAAACAAACGUGGAGUAAUAAUAUGGGAAGUGCCAGUGAGCCUAGAAUUAAAGACUUUUCUGGAGAAGAUUUUACAAAAGUCAUAUUUUCACCAGAUUUAUCGAAAUUUAAGAUGCAGUCGUUGGAUGAUGACAUAGUUGCUCUUAUGUCUAGAAGAGCUUAUGAUGUAGCAGCUUCUACUAGAGGUGUUAAAGUCUAUCUUAAUGGUACUAGGAUUCCUAUUAAGAAUUUCAAGGACUAUGUUGACUUCUACAUUAGGGGUAAAGAAGAUGAGUUUGGCAAUCCUUUAAAAGUUGUAUAUGAGAAUUGUGGACCUCGCUGGGAAGUAGCCGUUGCUUUAUCUGACAAAGGCUUUCAGCAAAUGUCUUUCGUAAAUAGUAUUGCAACAACAAAGGGUGGCCGUCAUGUGGACCAUGUCACAGAAUUAAUAGUGAAACAAUUAACAGAAACAUUAAAAAAGAAAAAUAAGGGUGGAGUAGCAAUUAAAUCAUUCCAAAUAAAAAAUCAUUUAUGGAUUUUUAUUAAUUGUCUUAUCAAUAAUCCCACAUUUGACUCACAAACUAAAGAAAAUAUGACAUUGCAAGCUAAAAGUUUUGGAUCAAAAUGCUCUCUUAGUGAAAAAUUUGUCACAGCUGUAACGAAAACUGGAAUCGUGGAAGCAGUUUUAACGUGGGCGAAAUUUAAAGCCGACAGUCAGUUACAAAAAUUGGGGCCUAAGUCAAAGCAAAGAAAAUUGCAAGGUAUACCAAAAUUAGAAGAUGCUAAUGAUGCUGGGACUAAUAAAUCUUUGGAGUGUACACUUAUAUUAACUGAGGGAGAUUCAGCUAAAACAAUGGCUGUAUCUGGACUUGCGGCGAUAGGUAGAGAUAAAUAUGGCAUAUUUCCUCUAAGAGGUAAAAUUUUGAACGUAAGAGAAGCAACACAUAAACAAAUUUUAGAAAAUGCAGAAAUUAAUAAUUUAAUAAAAAUUCUUGGGCUUCAGUAUAAAAAGAAAUAUGAAACUCGAGAAGAUUUAAAAACGUUACGUUAUGGAAAAAUGAUGAUAAUGACUGAUCAAGAUCAGGAUGGUUCCCAUAUCAAAGGCUUGUUAAUUAAUUUCAUUCAUCAUAACUGGCCAUCAUUAUUGAAAUUAAAUUUUAUAGAGGAAUUUAUCACGCCUAUUGUUAAAGCUACAAAAGGAAAUCAAGUAUUAAGUUUCUUUUCAAUGCCAGAAUUUGGAAAGUGGAAGUCAGAAACGGAAAAUUUUCAUACCUAUAAAAUCAAAUACUACAAAGGUUUGGGUACUUCCACUGCUAAGGAAGCAAAAGAAUAUUUUGAAAAUAUGACUAGACAUAGAAUACGAUUUAGAUAUGAUGGAGAUCAAGAUGAUCAAAAUAUCAUUAUGGCUUUUAGUAAGAAAUGUGUCGAUCAACGUAAGGAUUGGUUAAUGAACCAUAUGGACGAAACAAAAAGAAGGAAGGAAAUUGGUCUCGGAGAACGCUUUCUGUAUGAAAAGGAUACACGUACUGUGUCCUUCUCUGAUUUUAUUAAUGUAGAAUUAGUUCUAUACAGUAACUAUGAUAAUGUUCGAUCUAUACCUAAUAUGAUCGAUGGUUUUAAACCUGGACAAAGAAAAGUAGUAUAUACAUGUUUGAAACGUAAUGAUAAGCGUGAAGUAAAAGUUGCACAAUUAGCUGGUUCUGUAGCUGAACAUUCUGCAUAUCACCAUGGUGAAGUCUCUCUUAUGUCAACUAUCAUUAAUCUUGCACAAAAUUUCGUUGGAAGUAAUAAUAUAAAUUUACUUCAACCGAUUGGUCAAUUUGGUACAAGACUUGCAGGAGGAAAAGAUGCAGCAAGUCCUCGUUACAUUUUCACAAUGCUUAGUCCAUUAGCAAGAUAUAUAUUUCACAAACAUGAUGAUGCUUUAUUGAAACACGAAUAUGACGAUAAUCAAAAAAUUGAACCUGUUUUUUAUGUACCAACUAUACCAAUGGUAUUAGUGAAUGGUGCCGAUGGCAUUGGUACUGGAUGGAUGACAAAAAUACCAAAUUAUAAUCCUAGAGAAAUAAUUGAGAACUUACAUAGAAUGAUGGAUGGUGCUGAUCCUAAACCAAUGAUUCCAUAUUAUAAAAAUUUUAAAGGAGUCAUAGAAAGUUGUGGAGAUUAUAGAUAUGUUAUUAAUGGAGAAAUCUCAGUAAUAGCACCAGAUAAAGUUGAAAUUACUGAACUCCCGAUUGGAACUUGGACCCAAACAUACAAAGAAACAGUAUUAGAACCAAUGUUACAUGGAACUGAUAAAACCCCAUCUAUUAUUACGGACUACAAAGAAUACAAUACAGAUACGGCAGUACAUUUUAUAAUAAUGUUAAAUCGUGAUAAAUUGCUAGAAUUGGAAAGAGAUGGUCUUCAUAAAGCAUUUAAAUUACAAUCAACAAUGACAAUUACAUCUAUGUGUGCUUUUGAUGAAAAUCAAUGUCUACAAAAAUAUGAUAGUGCUCUUCAAAUUUUGAGAGGCUUUUAUAAAGUGAGAUUAGAAACGUAUCACAAAAGAAAAGAUUAUUUAGAAGGUAUUCUACAAGCAGAGGCAUCAAAACUUUCAAAUCAAGCACGAUUUAUUCUAGAAAAAUGUGAUGGUACUAUAGUAAUAGAAAAUAAAAAGAGAAAAGAUAUGAUUGCUGAAUUAAUUCGACGAGAAUAUGAAUCUGAUCCAGUUAUAGCUUGGAAAUUAUCACAAAACAGAGAAGAAGUUUUAGAAGCUCAAGAAGAAGUAACAGAAAAUGCUGACGAAGAAUCGGUUGUAUCAUCUACAGCCAUUGCAAAGGAAAACUUUGAUUAUUUAUUAGGAAUGUCAUUAUGGUGUUUAACAAAGGAAAAGAAAGACGAAUUAUUACGUCAAAAAGAUGAAAAAGUAGCAGAAUUGAAAAGAUUACAAGCUCGUACACCUAUUUCUUUAUGGAAAGAAGAUUUAGAUAACUUGUUGAAUGAAUUGAAUAGAUUAGAAGAAAAAGAACGGAAAGAAGAACAGAAAUCUAAACAAUGUAUUAAAAAACCACCAUCAAAAUAUUAUACUUCUGAUGAUAUUCGUCGAAUAGUACCAAUAAUUGAUACUGAAUUAAAAAGAAAGAUUGAGAAAGCAGACAUUGUAUCUAAAGAUAGAAAAGAGGGUAUCAAAAAACAAAAGAUUAAAAAAGAUCCAACAGAAGAUAAGGAUGAAAUUGACAUGUUGAUCGAAUCAAAUGCCAAAUCUUUAGAGGAAAGAUCGGGUUGUGCUCCAGAAAAGUUGGAAAAGAAGGCUGGUGGCAAAAAAAGAUUGAAACAAACAACAUUACAAUUUAAACCAAAAGUGAAAAAGGAAAAAAUUGACAAGAAGAAGGGUAAAGAUUCUGAUAGUAAUGAUGAUAUCGAUUUUGGCAGUAUUUCUCCUCCUCCAGCACCUCGUACAUCCCGUAGAGCAGCAGCUAAAAAGAAUUACAACUUCAGUAGUGAAGGAUCCUCUUCCAGUGACGAAGUACUCAGUAUUUCUUCAGACACAGAACAUAAAACAAAACCUACUACGGUUGUUAAUAGCGAUUCUGACGAUAUCCUUAAGAUACAUAAAAAACCUAGUUCGGAAGAGCUCUUUGAUUCUUUAGUUAGUAGUGCAGAAAAACAAUCAACAAAACCUGUUGCAGCAUCUAGUGAGGAAUCAUCGUUGUUCUCACCUCCCACAAAAGCUCCUGCUAAAAAGAAAACAGAAAAUGGUGGAAAAGGAAUGAAAAGGCAAUUAAAGAAAAAAAUUGUUUCCUCCGAUUCGGACUCAGAGGAAGUUAUGUUUUUAAAUAAACAAUCUCCUGUAAAGAAAAAAAAGAAGAAGUCCGAGUCAGAGGAAGAUAGUAGCCUUAGUGUAGUAGAUAGUUCUCCAUUACCACCUCGAAAAACUGCAGGUCGUGCCCGUAAACCUAUUUCAUAUGCUGUGCAAUCGGAUGAUGAUGAUUCUAAUUGAUCAAUUUUAUACAAUAUUUUAAAGGUAUAAGCAAAUAAAUGACACGUGUUCCAGGAAAUUUUAAUUAUAAAUACACGAUCUUAAGUUGAAUAUCAGAAUCCAAAUUGUUAGUAACGAAUUUUGUGAUCACAUUUAAUAUAAAUUUUAACAAAUUCUGUCUUGAUUUUUAUCAAGACAUUAGUAAUUUUAUAUGAUACUGUACAUAUAUACUAAAAUAUAUGAAUUAGAAUAUUUUAAGAAAAUAAAAUUUUACAGUCAGAAUUAAAUAUGUAUAGUACGUAAUGCGAUAACAUAAAUUGAGUCAUGAAUGACUAUACAUUUGAGUCAUCUAAAUAUUUAAACAAUAUUAAAUUCCAAAAUAUCUAUAUUUCUGUAAGUUAAUUUUUUGAAAAAGAAAUUUAAACAAUAUUGUUUUGUAAAAAAAAUAACAUAUUUUUGCACAUCAAUUUAUACAAUGUUUUCAAACUAUUGGAAAUGGAACAAUGUGUGAUUUGUUGCAAAAACUCAAUAUCAAGUUCAAAUUAAAAGAAACUUUUGUUAUUGUAAUAAUAAUGUAUAUAUAUAUAGAAUGAAAAGUUCAUUUCAUCUUCAUAAAAUACUUAUUCAAGCAUUUUAAACAUAUUAAACUAAUAUGUCACAUAACUUCUAUUAAUAGUAUUGAUAUUGAAUAAAGAAUAUAAUUGAUGUUCUGCGUAUACUUAAUAACUACAGAUGUAGAGAUUUACAAAUAUAUGACUGUAAUGAAACUUUUGUAUUUAUAAUAUGAAUAGAAUAUUAAUUUAAAUAUUAAGACUCGUUAUAUUAAUUAAUUUAAACUUGUCUUAUUUAUUUUUUCUUUUUGUAUAUUGAAUUAAUUUUUGAACAAAGUACAUUCUUUACAGAUAUCUAUCUGUCACAUAUCAUUAAUAAAUAAUGUACUUACCAUAAUAUAUGGAGGUAAUUGUAUUAAUUAGCACAUUCGUACAAUUGAUUACCCAUUCUGUGAAUAAAAUUUUAAUAAAAAUGAAUAAUCCAAUCAAAUAAUACAUAAAGAAAGAAUAUUAAAUUUCCUGUUCAAUAUAUAACAUUGAAUAUGUUAAACUUCAUGUUUAAACAACUUACAUAUGCAAGUGUGAUUUAUGUAACUAGUUGUAUAUCAAAAUCUUUAAUAAAUCCUAUUUGGUGAUGGGGUUUCUUAUUGUAA